GUGGGUUUUCGGGUAUGGGUACCCGAGCCCGAAUGCAAAUGGGGCUUUUGGCCAUAAACCCUAAACCCUCACAAGAAAAAGACAAAAAAGCAUUUCUUCCUCUUGCUAAAUAACGAUUGAGAAAGUGCAGAGUUUUCCCACAGCAAACGAUUCGAAUUCAAAUGGCGGCGCUGGAGUACGGAGAGGCGGACUUUGCGGCGGUGGAAGCAGGUAGUCAAGAAGGCAGCAUUGAUGUGGAGGAGGAGGAAGAAGGAGAAGAGGAUCAGAAUUGGGAGGACUGGAAUGCAGAAGAUGAUGAAGAAGAAAGUGAAAAUUCUUGUAGAAUGCUUUGCUUGUUCUGUGAUUCUUUCUACCCGUCUUCCAAUAUGCUCUUCGAGCAUUCUGCUGCCACUCAUCAUUUUGAUUUUCAUGCUAUUAAGAAAAGCCUCGGGUUGGACUUCUAUGGUUGUUUUAAGCUCAUCAAUUACAUAAGAACCCAGGUAUUGCAAAACAGAUGUUGGUGCUGUGGAAUUAAUUGUCAAUCUAAGAGAGACUUGCAACUCCAUUUACAUGAAGCCGAUAGUUUCAAUGGUACUAAAUGGCCCUGGGAUAUUGAUCAAUAUCUUAGACCUUCAAUGGAAGAUGAUCCACUAUUAUAUAAUUUUGGCGAGGAUGAUGAAUUUGAUGAUGAGGAUGCAUCUGCAUAUGAAGAAGAAUUAAGGAAAGAAAUUAGCAGCUUCGAAAGAGUUCCCCUUAGUAACAAGCUGGGUAUGGACCAACUUCUAUCGCCACAGAAAACUACUCUACAGAAUGGAGAUGGGGUUGAUUCUCUUGUAGGUGAUCUGGAAACUGCAGAUUCUUCGGAAAAGCUUGUUGGGGUCAGUUCAAUUCAUCUUGGAGAAGGUUCUUCAUCUUGUAAAAAGCAGAAGGAUCAAUUAAGUCUUUCUUCUGCUAAGAUUGCAGCAAAUGAAAUCAAGAGUAUAAAUAAGAGUUAUUUUGGUUCUUACAGCUCGUUCGGCAUCCACAGAGAUAUGAUCAGUGAUAAGGUGAGAACUGAUGCAUACAGACAAGCGAUUCUGGAAAAUCCCUCUUUAUUGAGAGGUUCCACAGUUAUGGAUGUUGGUUGUGGGACAGGCAUACUGAGUCUGUUUGCAUCCCAAGCUGGUGCAUCAAGGGUUAUUGCAGUUGAAGCCAGUAACAAAAUGGCUUCGAUAGCCACUCAGAUUGCAAAGGAUAAUGGCCUCCUAAGGAGUGGAGGCACAGAUGGGGAUAAGAAUCACCACAGUGGAACAAUAGAGGUUAUUCAGAGUAUGAUUGAAGAUCUAGACAGUGCGAAAUAUAUUGAACCCCACAGUGUGGAUGUAAUAGUGAGUGAAUGGAUGGGUUAUUGUCUGCUCUAUGAGUCAAUGCUAAGCUCCGUUCUUUUUGCAAGGGAUAAAUGGUUGAAGCCUGGUGGGGCCAUUCUUCCAGAUAGUGCCACCAUGUUUGUUGCUGGAUUUGGAAAGGGUGGCACCUGUCUUCCAUUUUGGGAAAAUGUGUAUGGUUUCAAUAUGUCUUGUAUUGGAAAGGAAGUUGUUGAAGAAGUGGCUCAGCUUCCAGUGGUUGAUACAAUUGACAGUCGUGAUAUUGUUACAAACACCCAAGUUCUUCAGACGUUUGAUCUGGUGACAAUGAAGUAUGAGGAUAUGGAUUUUACAGCAACAGUAGAAUUGGCUCCAAGGACGGACAGUCCCCUUACCUGCUCUAAAGACUUGAAACCAAGAUCAGUUCCAUGUCAUGGACUUGUAUUGUGGUUUGACACUGGAUUUACUCAGAGGUUCUGUAAGGAAAUGCCAACCAAUAUGUCGACAUCCCCUUACACCACUAAAACUCACUGGUCCCAGACAGUACUGACAUUUAAAGAACCAAUUAUGAUGGCACUGGGAGAGCAGGUUGAUGACAAAAAUGGGGAAGUUGGUUCUGAUGCAUGUCCAGCUUUGAGAAUACAGUCUCGUAUCAGCAUUGUCCGUGGGCUAGAGCAUCGCACCAUUGAUAUUUCCAUGGAGAUUUUUGCAAUUGGACCUGAUGGCAGAAAACGCAACUUCCCUAUACAAAUGUUUAACCUACAAUAAGCUUGUUUGGAUAAUCGCCGGUGAUCCAUCCAGUUGAUACCCCCAUGAUAUGAGUUUGGUUGUAUGGCUCGCUUGAGAUUUUGUUCUCUCCGGUACGAAGGAAAGAGGUGCUCAUUGACCAUCAAAUAGUUUCUUUGCACCAGUGAUUGAAGAAAAAAACUAGUAAUAUGAAUAUUAAGAAUUACUCUGAGCCUCUAAGCGGGGUUUUAAAGAAAAAUGACAGCCUGAGCAUGAAGGCAAUUUGUAGCACUUGUUUUUUUGUUUAAUGGUAAAAUUUUGAUUCAAAUUUAUCAGGUUAGAAUAUUCAUUUCUUAGUGUGGAGUUGAAAACUGGUUCAAUAAAAUGUUGAAAAUUUACUUGACUAGUUCAUUUCUAACCUGAUAAAAUGUUGAAAAUUUACUUGAUUGGU